GCCUCUAAGAAGCGGCUGUCGGUCGAGCGCAUAUAUCAGAAAAAAACUCAACUGGAGCAUAUUUUACUUCGUCCGGAUUCUUACAUUGGAUCGACGGUAAAGACAACACAAAUGAUGUGGGUACUGGAUGAGGAACAAGGUUGCAUGGUCAAUCGGGAGGUAACUUUCUCCCCCGGACUGUACAAAAUAUUUGAUGAGAUACUUGUGAAUGCAGCCGACAAUAAGGUUCGGGAUCCCACGAUGUCGUGUAUUAAAGUGGACAUUGAUCCUAACUACGACGACAGUGAACGCAAAGUUACGGGUGGACGUAACGGAUACGGCGCCAAAUUAUGCAACAUUUUCAGUACCAAGUUUAUUGUAGAAACUUCCAGCAAGGAGUACAAAAAAAGUUUUCGGCAGAUGUGGAUCGAUAACAUGACUAAAACAUCUGAGCCGAAAAUAUCGGUCAAUAAGGACGAAGACUUUACAUCCAUCACGUUUUAUCCGGAUCUUCACAGAUUUGGAAUGACGGAAUUGGAGUCGGAUACUGUUGCCCUUUUCCAGAGGAGAGCGUACGAUUUGGCUGCAACCACAAGUGGUGUUAAGGUUUUCCUCAACGGCAAACGACUGCCCAUAAAGAGUUUCGUGGAUUAUGUUGAUCUGUAUAUCAAAUCCAACAAAGAGGCAGAUACGCAACUAAAGGUAGUUUAUGAAACAGUGAACCCUCGUUGGCAAGUAGCCGUGGCACCCAGCAGCUCUGGUUUUCAGCAAGUCAGUUUUGUGAACAGUAUCGCCACAACUAAGGGUGGGAAGCAUGUGGAUCUUGUUGCGGAUCAACUAAACAACAAGCUGAUUGAAAUUGUGAAGAAAAAGUCUGGAAAAUCUGGGGUUCAGAUUAAACCCUUUCAAAUUAAAAAUCACCAAUGGAUAUUUGUCAACUGUUUAAUUGAAAACCCCACGUUCGACUCACAGACGAAGGAGUUUAUGACUCUGCAGCCAAAGAGCUUUGGUUCCACGUGUAAUCUGAGCGAAAAGUUCGUCACACAGGCUUCGAAAUGUGGAAUUAUCGAAAGCGUGCUGUCUUGGGUUCGUUUCAAAGCUAUGGAAAAGAUGGACAAACAGUGUCACAAAUCCAAACAUGUCCGUCUCAAGGGUAUACCCAAAUUGGAUGAUGCUAACAACGCAGGCACGAAAAACUCAUCUACUUGCACGCUCAUUCUAACCGAGGGUGAUUCGGCCAAAUCCUUGGCGGUGGCCGGUCUUGGAGUUGUUGGCCGUGACAAUUAUGGGGUCUUUCCACUGCGGGGCAAAUUGUUAAAUGUUCGCGAAGCCUCUAGCAAACAAAUCAUGGAAAACGCUGAGAUCAAUGCAUUGAUUAAAAUUCUGGGAUUGCAGUACAAAAACAAAUAUGAGUCACCAGAUUCAUUGAGAGACCUUCGUUACGGAAAGAUUAUGAUUAUGACCGAUCAGGAUCAAGAUGGAUCACAUAUCAAGGGACUAGUGAUCAAUUUCCUUCACAACAAUUGGCCCAAUUUGCUGAAACAUAACGUUAUUGAAGAGUUCAUUACCCCGAUUGUAAAAGUGUUCAAAGGCAAACAAGAGGUUCCGUUUUACAGUCUUCCCGAGUUUGAAGAAUGGCAAAAGACCACUCCGAACUGGCACACGUGGCGUGUAAAGUACUACAAAGGUUUGUCUCACUUGGGCCAUGAUAUUGUGCCUAUUGAAUAA